AUCUAAGAAGAGAAUUACAAUUUUCCUUAAAAAUAUUUUGGUCCCACUCCAUUCAACCAAUCAUAAUGUUAUACAAUCAGACCAUAAACUUCUGGUAUAAUUGUCUUGAUUAUAUCGGCAUGAAUCCAAUUAAACCUAAAAAAUAUUGGGGCUUCAUUAUCAUGAUGUCAACAUCAAUUUUUCUUUUAAUAUUCGCAAUACUGGAUUUGGUUUUUAAUACAAAAGUAACAUACGUCUUAGAAUCACUGGUGAUGCUUUCUCAUAUAUUCACAAGACUUAUACCUCUGUUCGUGUUUUCAAAUGAAUUUCAUCAACUAACUGAUGCAUUGAAGUACUUCUGGAGAUUUGAAAACCACCAACACCUCAAGGAUAAGAUUCAUAGAAAAUUAAACAUCAUACAUUUAGGAGCAAAAGUUUAUUUUUAUUUUACGGCUGGAGCUUUUGUUAUAGCAAUAAUCCUAACCAUAUUUUCAUACCGAUAUUUGAUGGUAUAUGUAUAUGUACCUGAAAUACUGGGUAGAUAUUUCUUUUUAGUUUUGGAGAACGUGCUAAUUCCUUUAAUAACUCUCACUGUCGUAUCUUUCGACUACUUGAUCUUAACAUUUAUGCAGUUGACUAUAAUACAAUUUCAAAUUCUUCACUCAGAAAUUUCUAAGCUGUAUUUUGGCCAAGAUCAACAUCAAUCAAAUUUAAGAUCACAGUUUACGAAAAUAAUAAAACAUCACAUUUUUUUGUUGGAAUUCGCCGACAAAUUGAAACAAAUAAUAUCUUUGCCAUUUUUAUUUCAAUAUUUCACUACUGUGAUGGCAAUUUGUAUGGAACUGUAUGUGUCGCGAAAAAAUUUUGAUCUUGGAUAUAUUAUCCUUGCAAUGUUUUACGUCGUGGCGAUUUUGUUCCAAAUUACAUUGUACUGCAAGUCGUGUCAAGAUGUUAUGGACCUGAGUGCAGAUGUCUCCAACCAAAUUUACACUACUAAGUGGUACGAAUCGCAAGACAACUCGUUAAAGAUGUCUAUAAAAUUCAUGAUUAUGAGAAGCGACCGGUCGAUUGCCUUUAGUGGUAGUGGUUUUGUUCCAAUCAAUUUAGAAGCUUUAGUUUUCAAAACGAUUAUGUCGUUUAAUUCAUUUUUGACAGCAAUGGACACUUAACUUUUUAAGGAGAAUAUGCAAAUAAAAUGAAGAUAGUUAGAGAGAUAAUUAGUUAUCUAAUGUUCUAUAUAUACAACAAAAAAUUAUAUAAUUUAGAAUACAUAUAUCAUAGAAGCACUAUUUGUUAGUAUUUUUAAUACAUUACAUUUUUUUAGUAUUUAAUUAUAGUGUUAAGUAUACAUAUAGGUGAAAAUUAAAACAUAUAAAAUUAGUUAAUUGUGAACAAGAAUAUACAAUUAAAUGACAUUGA